UGAACCCCGUGGAGGAAGCGCGACGUAAAGGGUCCCAGGGAGCGAACACGUCAAGAUCGAGUGAAGAUUGAACGUAUUUUUUCCCCCUCCUGCAUGUGAACCUGUAGACAACACAUUUAUCUUUUAUUGGAUGACUCGAAAGGCUUCCCUGCGAAAGUGACAUAUCUGGAUUCAGUGAAUUCACUGACCAGCACGCGGAGUAGGAAUGUCUCGCAGGAAACAGAGCAACCCACGGCAAUUCAAACGAGCAUUGGGGAAUGGGCGGGUGUUGGGAGAGGAGGCGUGUGAGGAGAGAGAUCUCGCCGGAGAGGAGGAAAUCUCCCGCUCUUUUUCCUUGGACCCAGACAGCUUUGGUGUUAAAGAAGAGGUCUCCUCCAAGAAAGUUCAGGCAAGUGGAAGACUGGAGCCACACCAGGAACAUGGUGUAAGACAGGAAGACAGAGCCCAGUCCUGCCUCCUGACAGCAGAAGAAUGGGACGGACCAAGAGAGCUGGAGAUGGUCAGUUAUGAACCAGAAAAAGGUGUUCGUUCUCGUCAUGCGCUUCCCCUGGGCACCACGUGGGGACCUUUCACUGGCAAGAUAGAAGCAGCCACAGGAGGAAGUGACACUGUCGUCCCGGCACUGAGAGGGGGUCCGCGGUGGCUGAUGGCCAUGUCCUGGGUCAGUGCAGAGGACCCCAAGAGUAACUGCAUGGUUUACAGUAAAGAAGGACACAUGUGGUGCUCCACGACGAGGAACAUGAUGGAGGGUGAGGAGCUGGCAGUGUGUGCACUGGACGUCGGCGCCAAGCUCCAGACGCUGGGGCCUGAUACCUGUGCCCAGGGAACACACCCGGCCCGCCUGCUCCACAGCAUCCAGCUGCUUCCUCAGCAGGCUGCCAUGGCCUCCAUCCUGCCCAACGCCAUAGUCAACAAAGACAUAUUCCCCUGUAAGACGUGUGGGAUCUGGUUCAGAAGUGAGCGUAAUUUGCAGGCCCACCUCAUGUACUACUGCAGCGGGAGACAGAGGGAGUCUGAGACCGUGCCAGAGAAGCAGGCGGACAUGAGCCACCAAGUGCCACGCCUCUGCACCUACCCACAAUGCAAUAUGAGCUUCUUGGGUUCACAUGCUCUAGAAAUGCAUCUGUCUACACACAAUGCUUUCAACUCUGAGGAGACACCUGCUGGAAGCAGUUUGAAGUGUACUAUUUGUGACUACACAGCCAACACUCUUUCAGCUCUGCAGCCUCACAUCCUGUCCCACCUGUCUCAGGCGGGACUCAGGUGCACCCACUGCCAUUUCACUUUCCAGACGCUCAGAGAGUUGACCAAGCAUCAAGAGUUGCACAAGCAUGGCGGCGUGAGCAGCAGGCCUGCCAAGGAAUGUGAAACAGAGCAUGCUCAGAACCUCGGCACACACAGCCCCAAGCUGUGUGGCCGCAUCUCAAGCAGGAAGGACAUCCAAGAAAGUCCAGUGCACCAGGACGUGGCUCAGAGCGAAGUACAGGAGAACUGUGAACAGGCACUGUCAGCCACGAAGGGAGAGGUCAACUCAGGAAGUAGGGCUAGCUUCUCCUACACCAGGGUGAAGUCAGAGCCUUCCAGCCCCCGCUUGGCCUCUUCGCCUAUCCAGCACCAUUUGAGCCCAGCGUUUCCCAUGCCACCGUUUAUGCCCCACGUCCCUUUCUCACAGGACAUAACUGCUGUUCCACAAGCAUCUGAAAUACUGGCCAAAAUGUCAGAGCUGGUCCAUCGCAGGCUACGUCACAGCGGGAACAGUUACCCACCAAUGAUGUACAGCACACUGGUUUCAAAGGGAGCAACGUGCUUUGAGUGCAACAUCACUUUUAGCAAUCUUGACAACUAUUUAAUUCACAAGAAGCACUACUGUAACAGUCGCUGGCAGCAUAUGGCCAAGCCGCAUGAUUACAGCAGCAUUCUGGAAAAAGCUUCAGACACACAGCUUCAGACGAGUCCUAAGAGUGGGGGCAGUUUAGCUAGCAUGCUGAAUGCUGGCCAGACUUCUGAGGCCAAAGGUCUGGAUUCCACCCAGUUCAUCCCUUCUGUUUGUGAUCCUUUCAUAUCAGGUGGAAAAGCUCCUGACGAAUUUCCAGUGCAGGUUAAAAAAGCAUCAACACCUUCUUUUGUUGAGGACAGACACAAUGCCAUGCACUUGGACACAAAGAGUCCAAAAAUGUCCUCGCAUGAGAGUGAGAUGGACCCCAGCCAGACAACAUGCGAUGCCUGUAAGAUCACCUUUAAUCGUCACGAAACGUUUGUUGUGCACAAGCAAUACUAUUGCGCUUCUCGCCAUGACCCGCCCACAAAACGAGCAAAUGGCAACAAAUCACCAGCCAAUCAGAAGUCAGCGCGUGCUCGUAAAAGAAGAAAGGUGCAUGAGAUACCAGGUCCUGAUCAGGAGCAAAUGGGACCACAGACUUACCUGGGGAUCCUCAGUGUGAAUGGGUCCUACCUGACCCAGGAUGCAAUGGAGAGUCUCAGGGACCAGUGUCAUCAGAGGUACAAUAUGAUCCAGGGUUUAGUUCCCAAGCACCCUGAACCUUCUUUGACAGUUACAAAAUCAGCCCUGGUGUCAAAGUGCAAUGCGAUAGCCCAAGAAGAAGGAGAUGCACCCAUAGAUCUCAGUAAGAAAUGCGUGCCACAACUUGGCAACAUUUCAAUUCCGGCUAAAGGGCUCAUGGACUACCAUGAAUGUGUGGUCUGCAAAAUGAGCUUCAAUAAAGUCGAGGAUUACCUUACCCACAAACAGAACUUCUGUCCAAGUGCUGCAUUGGACAGCAAAGUUCCAAACAUCAAAAAAGAAAGUUCUGGAAAUGUAAACGCCACCUCAGAAAAGCCCAGCAAACAUUCUGGUUUUGAGCAUCCAGUUCAGAAUGUCAGUACCACCCCAGUACAUGCCGGGACUACAUCUGAGAUCAGAACAUCUGGUGAAGAGCAGCAAUCCUCCAUAAAAAAUGAGUGCAGGAUGCAGUCUCUGGAGGGCUACCCAGGUGCUGCAAAGAAAAUGAGAGCGGAUGAACAGAUCUGGCCAUACUAUGAGAUCAAACCUGCCGACUACGCCACAGGGAUGCUCAUUACCCAAAGCGAGCGGAGGCAGAGUCCUAAUGAGGGCAGCGAGGGUGAAAAGGACCAACCCAUGCCCGAUGGCAGCCAUCUUAGCGCUAAUGCUGCAGAGAACCUGAAAAUCACAACCAGGGGCAUGGCCUUGUCCUUAAAAGACACCCUCCAGCUUGAAGACAAGCCAGGGGAGACUGGAACUGAUCAGCACAGCCUCCCCGCCCCAGAUAUCCACUGUACUUAUAUCUCACCAAACCCCGAGGGCUCUUGCCAACCUAAUGAGAGCAGCUCUUCAUCGCCCACAUCCAAGACUGACGAGCUUUCCUCUAGCAUUAAGAGAGGUCAGAACGGACCCAUAUCCACGAUGGGUAAUGUCAAAUACUGCCGUCCAUGUGACAUCCAGUUUAAUAACUUGUCGAAUUUUAUAACACACAAGAAGUUCUAUUGCUCUGCCCACACCACAGAGCAUGUAAAAUGAGUACUAACCCCCCAACUCAGUGCACCGUGCCCGUUUACACACCUGCACACGGACAAUCAAAUCAGGAGAUUUAUCCUUCUGCAGUUUAAUAGUGAAUUUUGAAAUGUUUGUUGAAAGAGUCUUGUGUGGAAUAUUUUUUGGCCUCUCUGUGAUGUAUUUAUUUAUUUUAAACAUAUUUCUAGCAGUAAACCAAUACAGAUUUGUGAGAAAUAAUUAUAAGAAUUCUUUUCCUUUUACUUGGAAUCAAAGGCUGCAAGUGUGGGCAGCAUAAGAAUUCAAUGGGAAACUAAUGCACCGCAAACUGCAGAGCUGAUCAUGUCGGCAGUCAUAAAAUACUCAGCAUUUCUUCUGGAAAAAGGCAUAAUUGUCAAUACAUGUAGAUUCUAGUUUAUCCUUGCUGUUAUUUAUGUUUAUUUAUAAACAAACAUUUUAUUUGUUUUUUUGCUUAUGCAAAAUUCUUCUUAUAAGUAUUUGUAUGUGUUUGCUGGUUCUCUGGUCUCUCUUUUUAACACUCGGCUUCUAAUGCAAUACUUUUUAAAAAACUGAGCCAUUAGCAGUAUUACGAAAGAGUGACUUUUUUUUUAACUGGACACCUGAAAUUGUCUGUGAAAAUGUUUACUUGUCUUGCUGGACACAAAGGGAAGGGAAUUACACUUGAAAAGAUGACUCAGUGUAACCUUCACAAUAGAAAAAAGUAAUAUGUUGUCAAAAAAGUGUUGCUAUGCAUGUACCUGUAUGGAAUGAAAUUCCAGAUGUUUGACAUUUUGAUUUUAUGUGGCAUCUAAAUUAAAAUUCUAAUCUCA